UUACCAGAAUAUUUUGAAAUAACUAUUACCAUACAUAUGUACGUAACUAGAUUUAUUUAAAAAUAGCUUAGUGCCAUAUGUAUUAAAAUAUAAUAUGUUGGUGUGUAAUAACUGAUUUGUUCGGAAUUAUAUAUCAGCCAAAACCGGGAUGUCCCGACAAAUAUUCAAACUCGCCGUCACAAUACUGGCCAUCUGGCAGCUUAACUUUCAACAUGCGGAAGCAGGCUUAAUGAACCAAUUCACAGACUUUGUCGACUGGCCCCCGAUAAUAGAUCCAGAUAUCCCCCAAGAUCCGAAAAUCCCAGCCGAUCCCGAUCCUAAUACCACACCUGUUUCACCUACUAAAAUCGUUUCUCCACCGGAAACUCCAUCUGAUUUGCAAACUGGAAACACAGACGCAGCUUCUCCUGGACGUCCAAGAGACCCCAUUCCGCCGCCUAUGGGAUCCUCGGGUUCUGGGGAUGGUACUGCAUCCCUGGAUAACGGAAAGUCACCAGAUGCCGUCGAUACGCAGACCGAUUUUCUUUUUCCAACCGACGCACAAAUCGGCGGAACCGAUGGGGGUCUUCGCGGGCCUCUUCUACCUCCUGGAGGCGGCACUGACACCAGCCCACAGGGACCAAUUGUCGACGAAAGUUCUGCACUACCAAAGGUUCCAGAUCCUGUCGACCCAAGUCUACCAGAGCCACCGGCGGACCCGGACACCCCCCGGGACGUGUCGCCGAUGGUAACCGGUUCUAAGGUACCAGAUUCUCCACUGGUAUCUGGGACAGGGUCGGAAACUGGGGGAUUGACACCGGGUGAUUCUUCCGGAACAGGAGACGCGCAAAUAGGAAGUGACGUCAACAUAAACAUAUCGCCCACAUGCAAGCUGCUUGGGACACUGUCGAUCGAAAACUUUGGGAAGAACUCAGAACGGCACCGGAUGUUGCGCAAAGAAUGCUUGAAGGAGAAAAAACGCGCACGACAACUGCAAAAGAAAAAGGAAAAGAACAAACAAUCGGGUCCAAUUGAGCCAAAAGGCCAGGGACGUGGAAAUCCUCGGGGCAAGAGGGCGGCUAAGUGCAAGGGCUGGCAAAAGAAGCAAGGCUUGUGUGAUACAGGGAGCGACCCCGGUGCUACAGGAGGCGGAAAAGGGAAAGGGAAAGGUGGCGGCGGUAGUGGCGGGGAAAAAGGAGGCGGCAAAGGUGGUGGCGCGUCGUUAGAUCCUAAGGUGAAAACCAUUAAAACUCUCACCCCCGUCGACAUUAACACCGACACCGGAACAGUGAUUGGCGGGAAAGGUAAAGGCGGGGGCGGUGGUGGGGGUAAAGGAAAGGGCAAAGGUAAAGCUGGAGGCAAAGGCGGAGCGAACCAAACACCGGAAACGACUACCAUUGAUUUAUCUAAUACGGAGCAUAUUGCUGGAUUCGGAUUAAUUAAAUGGAAUAAGUAGAUGGACUGAACUAAUUCAAAUUUUCAAUAAACUUGAGUGCGUUAUUGAAACGUAGAUGAAGAUAUUAAACGGACUGUACACCAGAUUGGCACCAAAAAAGUGUUUUUCUGUAACGAAUCACAGGACAAUUAUUUAAUAAAAUGUUUAACUCUUUGUUAUCAUAAUUGUAAAAAUAAUAAAUCACGCAUAAGGAAUGAAUUCUACUAGGUACACAAUCCUAGUAAUCUUUUUUAAUGGAAAAAUACGGAAAAACUUCAAAAAAAUAAAUUAAUUAAUUGUAAACUAUGUGGAACUUCAGUUAGUAAGUUUCAAUGCAUUGUACAAAUCGAUACCAAGUUUAUGUCAGUUUUCGACAAUUUUCUUUUUUUUUCGCUAUUUCAUCAUACGGAGUACAGCCCCUUUAAGAUGUGUUCGCAUUUGUUCAUUGUGUUCCGUUCACUUUCUUUUGUUAAUUCUUACUUUUAAUUAGUUUUUUAUGGUGAUGAUUACAUGUUCACUUAUUGUAAUUUUAUUCUAUAUAUUUAUAACAUAUCCCGACGAUUGCCUCACUCUUCUUUAUAGUGACACUCUUAUUCAAAAUCAAUAUAUACACAUUAUAUCAAACAUAAUUUUUGAUUGAUUAACCUUUAACUUAUUACUAAAAUAAUGCAUUUAUGGAAACAAAUAAUUGCUGAUAACAAGAUUGUAAACGUGUAUUUAAUAGCUGAAAAAGCAAACAUAUUAAAUGAUUGGUGAAUGCUAAAAUAUUUACUGUGGUCUGCUAUAGUCUCAUAAGGUAGAAAUACCGUGUUUUAUGCGCAUUUCUUUCAAAUUAAACUCGGUAUCCUUCAUAAGAA